AUCCCGGACGGACGACGGAGCAGCCAUGAGAAAAUUAGCUGUUUCAGUGUUCAGUGUGGUGGUCAAACAUUCAGAGCUCAAGAAAAAAAAUGUAUUUCGAAUUUAUCAUAUUCGUUUUCAUCGCAUUCUUCGGCACUACUUAUUGCUUAAUAUGCAGUCUGAAAUCAUGGCGAAAUCCUGCGAAGCUCCCUCCCGGGCCAAGAGGGAUCCCUCUCUUUGGUUAUCUACCAUUCCUGGGGACCAUUCCUUGCAAGACUGUGGCCCAACUGUCCAAGAAAUGGGGACCAAUUUUUACCCUCAAGCUUGGACAAUUUCCUGUAGUCUUUAUUAACGACUAUCAGAAAAUGAAGGAGCUAUAUAAAUUGGAAACCACCACUGGCAGAGCUCAUUUGCCCCUGUUUGAGAAACGGGGAGUAUUUGGACUGGGACUGCUGGAGGGAGAAGAUUGGAGGGAAGUACGGAAAUUUCUGCUACGCUGCUUGAGGGAUUCCGGAUUUGGGAAACGCUCGAUGGAAGGAUCCAUUCAGGAAGAAGUCUCGCAAACCAUCAAUUUUAUAAGGAAAAACCUGCACAAGCCAAUGUAUUUGAAACCACUGAUCGAAGUGGCAGUCAUAAAUGCACUCUGGUUCCUCAUGACCAGUGAAAAAUAUGACAUCGAAGACCCAACGAAGAAGAAAGUUGCAGAUGUACUCUCGGAGGGAUUAUCAGAUCAGAACAUUGUAGGAAUAGCGACUUUCUUGCCCUGGCUAGCGAAACUCAUCCCAAACUAUUCCGGAUACGCAAAAGCACUCAAAUAUUUCGGAGCCCCGGAGGAACUGGCUACUGACAUUGUUCAGAAACAUGUAAAAUCCUACGAUCCUGGCAAUGAGAGAGAUUUUAUUGAUCAGGCAAUGUCCAAAAUUUAUGCCACGACGGACGAGAGUUCAAUGUUUUACAAAGAUGUGGGCAUGAAGAAUUUGCACUACACUUUGAUCGACCUCUUCUUUGCUGGCUCAGAUACGAUGAGUUCAUCGCUUGGCUGGGCCCUCCUGUAUCUCUCCAUGUGGCCGGAUAAGCAGGCCAAAGUGCACCGCGAAAUCGACGCCGAAAUUGGACGGUCACGCAUCCCAAGUAUUGAGGAUCGUGGAAGAAUGCCAUACAUGGAGUCUACGAUGGCGGAAGUCAUGCGAUUCUCCACCAUGGUUCCCUUCGGAUUGCUGCAUAAGAGUCUGGAGGACAUUGAAUUUGAGGGCUACAGUUUUCCGAAAGGGACACUUUUUCUGGCCAACUUGUACCACGUGUUCAAGGACGAAGAAUACUGGGUGGACCCAAACAACUUCCGACCUGAGAGAUUCCUUUCGUCGGAUGGGAAAUUUAAGAGGGACGAGAGGCUGAUUCCCUUUUUCAUUGGAAAAAGGACGUGCAUUGGAGAAAGUUUGGCCAUGAUCGAGUUUUUUCUCUUCCUUACCCGGCUCCUCCAGCAUUUCAGGUUCGAGCUGAGUCCUGAUGAACCCGUGCCACACAUUGGACCUCGGUCGGGCUUCAUUUUGCCUCCACCGAAACACAAGCUGGUCAUAUUUGAGAGAGGCCAAUGAAACAAUAAGUCAACAAUGCUGGUUACAUUGUAAAUAUGAAACUUGCACACAGCAUGGCGUGGUGCUGGACAAUAUGGUGUGAUAAUAAAAUAUGGUUAAUUUUAGCAGCUUCAGACGAGAAGACUCGUUUUCAAAUAAGAAA